AUGAGGGCCUUCCAAACUGGACAUGAGGAACUUAUCCACGACGUCAAAUAUGACUUCUAUGGACGUCAGGUUGCUACUGCGUCCUCAGACCAACAUGUGAAGGUCUUCGACCUAGAUGCCCCAACUUCAACUUGGGUUCUCAACGACCUGUGGAAAGCUCACGAUUCCCUGGUAGUCAAGGUCUCAUGGGCUCAUCCAGAGUUCUCUGCGUUCAAGACAUUAGCACUGUGCUCAUACGAUCGAACAGUGAAGAUUUGGCAGGAAAUGCCUGACGAAAUGCACGGUUCUGGUCGGAGAUGGAUAAAGCUCACAACAUUGGCAGUUGAAUCGUAUGGCCCAAUCUAUGACGUAGCGUUCGCUCCUCCUCAUUUGGGAUUAAAGCUUGCUUGCGUGGGUUCUGAUGGAAUUGUACGUAUUUACGAGCUGACAGAGCCUUCUGACCUCUCUGUAUGGGAACUCACAUCCGAGAUUCCUAUAUUGACACUGCAAUUGCCAGCAAAGAGCUUACAAAGUAGCUUCUGCAUUGAAUGGUGUCCCACGAAAUUCACUAAAACUGAAAAAUUUGUGGUGAUUGCCUUGGAUCAGGGAUUCAUUUACAGAGGCUACGCCAAUGACGGAGAAGGCAGAUUGAGACUGAGUCAGGACGGCACAAAUUCUUUGGAGCCAAGCGAAUCAUUGGGUGAAAAAAACAUGAGUGGUGAUAUAGAUGCUUCGUCCGCUGGGCCAGACCAAGGGACUUCCACAAAGUUUAUAAAAGUGUGCAACCUUCCAGAACACAAUGGUCUUAUACGAUCAGUUAGCUGGGCGCCAUCCAUGGGGAGAAGCUACCACCUCAUUGCUACGGGUUGUAAGGAUGGAUACAUUCGGAUAUUCAAAGUUCACGAAAAAGAUAACGGGGAGUUUCGUAUAGAGACGGUCGCUAAACUUAAUGAUCACCGCCAGGAAGUGUGGAGAGUGUCAUGGAAUUCCACAGGUACAGUUUUGAGUUCAGCAGGCGAUGACGGAAAGGUCAGAUUAUGGAAGUGCAAUUACUUGAACGAAUGGCAAUGCAUGAGUGAGAUAAACAGCAGCAACAGACUGGACAACAGGGUUGUGGACGAAUCCGCCAAAUGA